ACAAGGUUGUACAUGUAUACAGUUUGCAUUGUACAUUGUGUACAAUAAUGUGCAGUGCAUCUAUAGUGCAUGCAGCAGUACAGUGCGGUGAUCCUGACAUAAAACCAAUAGUUGUUACCGUUAAACCAGAAUUGUUCAACUACUUAGCGUGGAACUUUAGACUUUAGACGAUGAGCUGAUAACAGUCAGUGUUAGCUUGACAAGGAGACUAAGGGUACACUUUGCGCUUCAGAGACCAGCACUACUGACACAUCAGGGUCAUCUAAGACAAAAUAUCUGGAUACAUUCUCAAGAUGGCAACGAAUGGGCACGUUGAGACUUCAGAGUAUGACGUGAUCAUCGUUGGAGCUGGACUCUCUGGCUUGACCUCUGCGUACACCCUCCUCCAGAAGAAGCCCUCGGCGAAAGUAUUGGUUUUAGAAGCCUCUGAUCGGUACGGUGGUGACGUGACGAGUAAGGAUCUAAAUGGUGCCACUGGUACCUGUGAAUGGGACAUCGGUGGUACUCGCAUCGGAUCGUCCCAGAAGGAUAUCUUAGCACUUGUAAAGGAGUUGGGUCUUGAGACAACCCAGAUCUACAACAAAGGGAAUAAAUUCUGGCGGUUGCCAGACGGAAAGCUCAAGAAGUUCUCGGGUGCCAUCCCGCCUCUUCCUUACACCUCACUCAUUGACCUUGUUCGCUACUUCAAGAAGGUCGAUGGCAUGCAAGGCCAGAUCAAGAUGGAUCAAAUAAUGGAAUGCAAGCAUGCUGCUGACUGGGAUGGUAUGAAUGUAAAAGACUUCCUCAAGAAAUACCUCUGGACACAAGUUGGCAGGGAAACCAUUGAGACCAUGACCCAUGCCUUCUGUGCUGCUGAUCAGUCCAGCCUAUCGAUGAUGCAGUAUCUGUAUGUGAUUCAUACAUGUGGAGGAUGGGACUUACAUACUAACAGUGGCGACAAGGGACGCUCAGAUCUUCUCAUCAAGGGAGGGGCCAUGUUGCUGUGUCGUAAACUCGUUGAGAAGCUAGGAGAAGGGACAGUUGUGUUGGGAGAGACUGUAAAAGGCAUCGUGGAGCAAGAUGGUGGCAAGAUGAAAGUCACGACGGCCUCAGGUAAAGACUUCUGCGCUGAGAGAGUGAUUGUUGCUAUCCCGUGCAGUGUCUCAGAGAGAAUAACCUAUGACCCUCCUCUACGAAUGAGGCGAAGUAAAACCUUCCCAUGUAGAUUGGACCUGAUGGCCAGUGUGAUAACCUAUAAAUCGCCCUUCUGGCGCGAAGCGGGCCAUGCUGGAGAGUACCUUAACAUGUCAGCAACAUCCAGAGACGAUGGUGGUAGCAUCAACGACGCUCUGAUCAUCUCCUACGACGCCACCUUACCGGAUGGCAAUGCAGCAUUGAUGGCUUUCUCCAACCCACAAAAAGUUAAAGGAAAAUCGUCGGAGGAACGUAAGGAGAUAAUUUUGCGUGUCUUGAGCGAGAUAUUCGGACCUCAAAUCAUGGACUGUAUUGAUUACGCAGAGAAGGAAUGGCUGUAUGACAAUAGUGAUGGGGAGAUGGUUAACAAAUCAUCAGAACUUCUGGCAUCUGUGACUACACCACAUGGCAGGGUGCAUUGGGCUGGUGCGGAUGCAGGCACAGCGUGGUGUGGGUUGUUGACUGGCGCAGUGCAGGCAGGCAGACGAGCUGCUCAAGAAGUUAUCAUCGCAACACAAUGAUGACCCUUCAUCCCCACCUAACAACAACGUAUUAUGCUUAUUAAAAGUAUUACUUCUUAAAGACACUGUACACUACUGGUAAUUGUCAUAUCUGAGGAAAAUUACUUCUUUCUCAAAAACUAUGU